GAGCCUCCAAUCGUGCCGUUCCCGGAUGUUUAGGAGAUCCGAAAGACUCUGACAAGCCUGGAUAUCACUGAAUGUCGAUAACAUAGGUUUGUAACAUCUCACGGGUGAGUGAUGUACCCUGUAGUAAAACUGGCAUGCCAUACCAAAAAAUUGUACGGUACUUAUGCUCCGUUCUUAUGCGCCUCGCCCAGGCUGCAGGAGCACAGGAGCAACAAAAAGGAUUCGGUUUCCAUGGGUACACAACGCCGAUGCACAGCUUUGUGGCCACUAGGAAUUCGCCUUAUAAUCAGCACACUCCACCCAUCUACAACGGUAUCUCCAGGAGGACACGGCCUUCACAAUGACGAAGACAAACAUCCUAUCCUCACUUCUUCAUCAUGAUUCCCCCAGGACUGUACCUGAUCUCCCUCCUGAGAUCCACCGCGUCAUCGUUCAGGAUCUUUUGGACCCUAUUUUGUUCAUGCAUGGACCUCAGUUUCAGUAUGUUAAACCAGCCCAGAAAACGCUCGGUAUGUGGUGGAAUGGCGAGCACAAUCUGGAAGGCCCGGGAUGGCUCAAGGGCUAUCGAGAUCACAUUUUGGAGGCAUAUCGCACCCUGGUUAAUGUGUCCCAUGUCUGUUCUGGAUGGCGCAAAGUCGUAUUUGACACGUAUCUACCCAAGGUUUACGCAGACCCUUCGCUCACCUCUCCCAGAGAGCCACGGAUUGUCAAUCCGAUCCCCGAAGAUUACGGGCUACAACCUUUCUUAUUAGUGCGGACUCUCCUUCAGGACAAACCUCCCCCAAGUCUUUCGGUGAUAGUGGACUACGAUACAUGGACAUCUUUCGUUGAACGCUUGUCGGUGCCCGGGUUCAAGAAACCUACAAUAGAAACCUCCCGUACCAAUAAAACCCUCGAGUCUAUCCUCCGCUCAUCGGCUCAUCUUCAUAUUCUCACUAUUAUGCAUACUGGCAGCAUUCUCGAACGAAUGAGCCGCGUUACUCUCACAGAUUAUCGCAGCGAUCUGCCCGGAGAGUCACUUCGAGCAUACGAGCCUGUUCUCCCGCGGCUGUAUAAACUUACUGUCUAUGACGGGCCCGACACUCACAAGAUACUCAGAUGGGCCUCUUUACCUAAUCUCGAGCAUCUUUGCAUCCGGAACAUGCUAGUCCCUUCGUCGCAGCAGAGUUUCUCGAAUAUGCCGAAUCUGCACACACUACAGCUAGUCGAUGUGGCGUUCACAAAUCAGAUGGCAUGGGGACUUGAUUCCGGAACAUGCAUCAAUAGACUCACAAACUUGCGACGGCUUGAAUUGUUUUCAGAUGACUACGGAUUUCUCAAGAUUUUCUGGGAUAUCAGGGAGACAUGGCGUCACAUCACGGAUUUGACCGUAGGGGUGCUGGACGUCAGAACGGAAAGUCUGGCUCGAUGGAACAUUCCUCCCAACCUAGAAUCUCUGACAGUGGUUGUGAAAGUUUGGCCAAAUUUUCGAACAACAGCUGCCCCGUGGGAACAUGCGAGCGGGAGGGAGGACACAAUUAGCGGACGUGAUGGUCCACUGGAACAUAUUGCAGAAUGUCUUCGCUCGGAAGUCAACCAGACACUUAUCGCGGAGGGCAAAUUCAAGGAGCUUACCAUCGUUGCGGACUGGGAAAUGGAGGAAACAGAUCUAGCUUCUUUUGACUCCUACCGUGAUAUUGAGUAUUCGUGCGAAAGGCUGAACGUCAGAUUAAGGGCGUACAGAAGCGGUAAGCCCUCAGUCAAUAACCACGACGGAUAUGGAUAUCACUCAUUUUUAUCGCACGUGCCAGAUCCGAGUGUUUGGAUCAAUGGGAGACUCAAUAUGCCAUUUGAAUCGCAGAUUGCAAGAAGGCAACAUCAGAAUGGACAACAGGGCAUAGACGAAACCUCGCGCUGUAGGAUUUGUUGCAAGAGGUUCGAUGAUAGUACUGAGGACAAGAACAAUAAUCAGGAUGAGGACGAGAACAUGGACGAGCACGUCGCAUAAUGUGCGGGGGAAGGACAGUGAAAACAAUGGGAACGAGGCUUAGAAGCGUGAGGACGAUGGGUAGGAAAAUACAUCGUGUCUUGUAAUGUAUUCAUAUAUUCAAUAAUACUAGUAUAGCCUUUUACCGUUGCCGCUGCCGGCCGCCACAC